GCGGGCGCCCGGCGCGUGAGUCACUCCGCUCCCCGGGGUGCGGAGCGGGACAUCGCCUCCCGCCUGGGAUCUGCAUUUCAUCUCCAGCUUCAGCGACCAGCCGCCUUUCCGUCUAGGUGAGGGCCAGGUCAUCUGAUUCCUGCUUUGUAGCAUUCUGAAGGAUUGACCUUCUUGGAAUGUAAUCCCAGUGGGGUCUCUUUUCUGUGUAGCCCACUCUGCCAUCAAACAGCCGAGUGACUCCGGGUUGAUCAGGGGCGCCUCAAGAAUCGCGGAUAUCACUUCACCUGGAAGAUUCACCCACUGCUACUCAGAGCUGUUUCUGAAAUACCAUGUCUAAGAACUCGGAGUUUAUCAAUCUGUCAUUUUUGUUAGAUCAUGAGAAGGAAAUGAUCCUGGGAGUCCUAAAGAGAGAUGAAUAUUUGAAAAAAGUGGAGGACAAGAGAAUAAGGAAGCUGAAAAAUGAACUCUUAGAAGCAAAACGUAGAAGUGGGAAGACUCAACAAGAAACCAGCAGAGUCUGUGUCUACUGUCAGAGAAACCUGGGCUUAAUAUUCGACCGAGGAGACCCGUGCCGGGCCUGCUCACUGAGAGUGUGCAGCGAAUGUCGGGUCUCGGGCCUUGACGGCAGCUGGCAAUGCACCAUCUGUGCCAAAGUCGCGCAGCUAAGGAUUGUAACCGGUGAAUGGUUUUUUGAAGAAAAGGCAAAGCGUUUCAAGCAAGUCAAUCUUCUGGGCACUGAUAUAGUCCGACAGUCCAUCUUAAGAAGAAGCCCAGGAACUGAAGAAAUACAAAGCCAAGAGCAACCCCACCAGGAUGCAGAAAAGGCAGACACUUCACCUUCUGCCAGGCAAAAGGCCAGUCAUGAUGGACCCAGGAAAAAGGGAUUUCUUCUUAGCAAGUUCAGAUCAGCAACCAGGGGAGAAAUCGUAACUCCAAAAACUGAAAGUGGGCGGAGCUACAGCUUGGACUUAGACGGCCAAAACUUUCGGAGUUUAAAGUCCAUCCCUGGUUCAGACAGGGGAAGCACUGGUUCAUCAGACCUUUAUGACCAGGAAGCCGGCCCGGCAACUCGGAAGAGCAGCCGGAGCAGUGGAGUGACCCCCGUCACGCAGAGGUCACCGGCUCCAAGCACACGCAGCGUGACCUCAGCCAGCAGUAGAAAGGAACAUGGUUUCGAAAAUUCCAUGGAUUUGGCUGCCCUUGAAAGCACAUCUGACGACCUCACAAAGAGUCGUCGCAGAAACACUUCUGGCACACCGUCCAUAGCGGUGUCUGAGGUCUCCCUCUCCUCAGACCGGAGUCGAUCUGAAUUAGAUUUGAGUGGGUCAUUUCCAGAAGAUUUAGAGAAUACUGUAAACAUAAGAAGCAAGUCUGUCCCUGGGGCUUUAGACAAAGACUUGGACUCCUUGGAAGAGACUGGGGAAGGCAUUAAUGACUUAGUGUCCUCACGGUUUUCGGCAAACACCCACAGUCUAGCAAGUGGCCUGUCAACCAGUUCUCCAGCAGGCUCUGACAGGAAGUGGACCUACCUGAAUGUCCCUGAUGCUGACUCAGACACUACCAGCCUUAACAGCAUGAUGAGUGUUUACAGUGAAACAGGAGACUAUGGCAACGUGAAGGUCAGUGGUGAAAUCCUUCUUCACAUCAGCUACUGCUACAAAACUGGCGGGCUCUACAUUUUUGUCAAGAACUGCAGAAAUCUGGCCAUAGGAGAUGAAAAGAAACAGAGGACAGAUGCUUAUGUCAAGUCGUACCUUCUUCCUGACACGUCCAGAAACAACAAACGCAAGACUAAGAUCAGAACAGGCACCAAUCCAGAAUUCAACGAGACAUUAAAGUACACCAUCAGCCAUACCCAGCUGGAAACAAGAACUCUGCAGCUCUCAGUCUGGCAUUAUGAUCGAUUUGGACGUAACAGCUUCCUUGGGGAGGUGGAGAUUCCUUUUGACUCAUGGAAUUUUGAAAAUCCAAGUGAUGAGUGGUUUGUGCUUCAGCCCAAGGUGGAAUUUGCUGCUGACAUAGGCCUUCACUAUAAAGGAGAGCUGACAGUUGUCUUACGUUACAUUCCCCCAGAGGAGAACCUGGUGCUUCCUCUAGAACAAGUUCAAGGAAAGAAGAGCUUCAAAAGGGGAAAGAAGAAGGAGUCACCUGUAAUAUUUGGAGGAAUACUGGAAGUGUUCAUCAAAGAGGCAAAGAAUUUGACCGCAGUGAAGUCGGGAGGCACUUGCGAUAGCUUUGUGAAGGGCUACCUGCUCCCUGAUGAUAGCAAAGCCAGCAAGCACAAAACUCUGGUAAUAAAAAAGAGUGUUAACCCUCAGUGGAACCAUACUUUCAUGUUCAGUGGCCUGCAUCCCCAGGACAUAAGGAAUGUUUGCCUAGAACUUACUGUCUGGGACAAGGAGGCCUUUUCCAGCAACAUCUUUCUGGGAGGAGUUCGUUUGAAUUCUGGAACUGGUAUGAGCCAUGGGAAGAACGUGGAUUGGAUGGACUCUCAGGGGGAAGAGCAACGCCUUUGGCAGAAGAUGGCCGACAAUCCCGGGACUCCCGUAGAGGGUGUACUCAUGCUCCGUUCCAGCAUGGGGAAGUGUAGACUCUGAAGGUAUGCAGAAGUCCAUCAGAAACCUGCGAUGUUGUUCUCAGAGAGAAAAGGUAAAUUGAUCUUCAUGUCAUUCUUUUUACUAAGUAUUGUGUAGAAGUAAAAAUAUCUUUAAAUCUAGAUUACAUAUGUGAAUGGCACACAAUUCAAAUAGUUCAAAAUUGUGAAAAGUCCAUCUGCCUUCCUCCUCUUCCAUAGCAGAAAUGAUUGAUAGUCUCAUUCUUUCUUAUGCAUAUAGGGUAUUACAUUAUAGGGAUAUAGCAAAUUUAUUUAACCAUUCCUAUCAAAUGCCAUGUUAAAUAUGGUUAACUAAGCUAUCUACGUUUGGUGGCUUUUCUGAACAACCUUUUCUUUCAAACAUCAACACUUCGAAAUUCAAAAUGAGAUUUUUGGGUAUUUCCAAUUUGGGGUAUUUGUCCUACAGAGAUAGAUACAGAUGUGAGAAAUGAGUACAUACAAAAGUAUUUAUUGCAAAAGAUAGAAAACAACCCAGUAGCCCCUCAGUAGAGGCCUUCUGCAAUAUCAUAUAUGCCUAGUUUUUCUGUGUCGUUAGUUGCUCCCUCUCCUUCUCUGUUAAAGAUUGUUAAAUGAUAAGCAUCGGAUUCUUCAGUGCUUGUUGUUUCUUAUCACUUCAUACACCAUCUCUGGCAUUAUCACAUAUGCUGCCCUCGUAGUUUUAUAUGCUUAUAACUUCAGACUCACAUCUCCAACCCAGACCCUUCCUCUCAGCCUUAGACUCAGACCCACCUACCUAUAUGACCUAUCCACCAGCAUAGCUCAUGUUUUCAACAUAGUCAAAAUGGAACCCUUUAUUCCACCUUCCCCUUGUACCCAAUUCUUCCUAUUCUAGUAUAUCCUGUCUCAGUGCCUUGUACUGUCAUCUACCCAGUUGAGCCAGUUCAGCUGGACAGUUCAGCCCAGUCUAUCUCAGCACAGAUAAAAGCACAGAGAGUGCUCUCCAGCCCAGCUCUCCAUAACACCUUCUCAGAAGAUACCAUGACCUUGCUGGAGUGUCCUUGUCAGGACAUCUCAGCCCUCAGCAUUCCCUCACUUGAAUCAUACAAGUUAUAAAGGGACAUGGGCAAGCUUUAAAGCCUGACUUUAUCCAUUCAGGUUGUCAACAGUACCUUCAGGACAUCUGGAAGAUAAUUUAUCAGCUCUCAUUUCACUUACAUUGUCACUAUAACUGGAAUCAUCAUGUUGUAGAUCUUCCAGGACACAAAAAUGCCAAACACAAAGAUAUUUUUAUGGAACUUCAUAAUCCUAGUCUCCUUUUCCUUAAUAAACCCACACAAAUAUAUGACCAUUGAUCUUUAA